AAACCGGAAGUGUAACAUCAUAACAGCCUGUGCUUGGUUUGGGGGACAGGUGUGUGAAUAAUCCUUAUUUUCUAAGGAGGUACGUACCCAGCUGUCAAAAUGUCCAGCAAAAAGGCCAAGGGGAAGAACACCAAGAAGCGUCCUCAGCGCGCAACCUCCAACGUGUUUGCAAUGUUUGACCAAUCUCAAAUCCAGGAAUUCAAAGAGGCCUUCAAUAUGAUCGACCAAAACAGAGACGGAUUUAUUGACAAAGAAGAUCUCCAUGAUAUGCUGGCCUCUUUAGGUAAAAACCCUACUGAGGAAUACUUGGAGGCAAUGAUGAACGAAGCUCCUGGACCAAUAAAUUUUACAAUGUUCCUGACCAUGUUUGGAGAAAAGUUGAAUGGUACAGAUCCAGAAGAUGUGAUUCGAAAUGCUUUUGCCUGCUUUGAUGAAGAAGGAACUGGUAUAAUCCAAGAGGACUAUUUGCGUGAGCUGCUGACUACAAUGGGAGACAGGUUCACAGAUGAAGAAGUGGAUGAGCUUUUCCGUGAAGCGCCAGUCGACAAGAAAGGCAACUUUAACUAUGUAGCAUUCACCCGCAUUUUAAAACACGGUGCAAAGGACAAAGAUGACUAACAAAAAUGUAUAAGCUUAAUCACUACUUUAUCUUGUAACUCUUCAUUUAUGUAUCAUUUAUUUAUGAAAUCUUAAAUGUGGUAUACCUCAUUGAGUCAUUUGUACACGCUUACUGCUCUAUCCCCUCUUUAAUCCCUCAGCUUUGAAGCAUAUUUGCACAAUUGUAAGGUUCUCACUAGAAAGUAUGUUUAAAACGACUCACAAAUGCUGGAUAAAACUGGACUUUAUCUAAAUAGACUGUUGUGUGAUGAUAUGACUGUAUUUUAAAGAAUAAACCUUCAAUAUCAUUUAA